CAUCCUCCCACCCACACCCACUCCACUGAUAUACGAAAUAAUCGCUUUCUUCUUUUUGAACCACCAUUGAACCAUCAGAGCGCCACUGCCUGAACCACCGGAGCGCCGCUACCUGAACAACUAGAGCCCCGCCUCUUCGCUUGCUGAAGAUCUGCUAGUUCACCACCUCCCUUAAGCUUUACUUCUCCGGUCGAAAGCCACCUCCCACCGUUGAAAACCAGCUCUCUCCGUCUCUUAUCUUCCUGAACUACCUAUUCCCUAACUAUCUCCAUCCACCUCCUCCGCCUCUCCUCCCUGACUAAAAGCUUUUCCGAACUCGUUUCACCAGCCACCAGAUCUGAUGUCACCAGAUCCGAAACUCCGGUUUCACCAGAUCUGAAGCUAAAGACCACCAGAUGUGGUGCUAUACAUCGGUGGUUGCGUUAUUGAUAGCCGCUUGUUUGGUUCUUGAAGUCGUCAAUGUCUCUGGUUAAGUCGUUGGAUUAUUGGUUCCACAUUCUACAAAGUUGUGUUUGGAGCUGUGGAGAUGAAUCACAUCAAUCAUCCGAAGAGGAAGGCUGAGCAUGAGCUUCUGUUUCUUCUCUCUGUUGUGAUCAUGCUUUGUUCAUCUAGUGUUCUCACUUCUGACAUCUCCGAUGAUUCUAUUGCUCUAGAGUGCGCAUCAUGAUCAUGGCUACCAUUCCGGAGAGGAAGAGGACGAUCAUUAGGGAGUUUAUGAUUGAACACCAGUGGAUUUGAUCAUCGUUCAUGAGUAAAUAAGUGUACCAUCUUUGAAUGUGACAUUGUUGUUAGCUGAGGGUUCUUUUCAUCCCACUCCUUGUGCACGUGAUUGGAAUGUUACUUGCGCAAAUUGGUGAAUUUGCUUUUGUGCUCUUAAGACAUGCGUCUAAUCUUCAUCUAAUCAAGGGAAAGUUAUAUCUACUGCUUCUUGGCACAAUAGCUCUCAGCCUGUCAAUGAAAGCUCGAUGUAACCCAUCUGCCACUAAACUCUAUGCAACCCAGAUGAAAUCAAUGAAAACCCAGGUGAAAUCGGACAGAGAAUUUGACCAAAUCAAACAUGGAAAUCGACCAACUAGAGCCAUCUUGACAGAAACAUUUACCCUCUUCAGUUUGCUAGAGGUGGUGGUGAGGAAGCAAUCUUGA